AUGGCUAUUAUUUCUCUGGUAGUCAUCAACGUACACACAAAGAAGAUAAAGGCCAAGGCAUUCAGCCUUGGGCAGUUUUCGUUCUUCACCAGGGGCAAGGUAAGGGAGACUCUAACAUUUAUUUCCCAAGAGCUUGCCGAAAAGCUGGAGACAUAUGAGUUCCAGGAGUACACACACGAGUUCAAUGACGAAAAGGUCUACAAGCUGUUCAGCCUAGUCCACAACGACUAUGCAUACAUAGCAUGUGCAGAUGACGGCUAUCCAGGAAUUGUGGCUCUGAAGCUCUUGCAGGAAGCAAGACAUGGAAAUAUCGAGAGGCUCAUUGACGAGUACAAGGACCCUGCGUCCAAGCACACACUCUUGCAGAUACAGAACGAGGUGGAGGAGACCAAGGGUGCACUGUCCAAGACACUGAUGGCCGUUCUUGAGCGCAACGACAAGUUAGAGGACCUGGUUGCUAAGUCUGAGCAUCUUUGCUACGAAACAAAGUUGCUAUUCAAAAGCGCAAAGAAGAAAAAUAAGUGCUGCUAA